AUGAUGCUCGAUACGACGACGGAGGAGCGGCGGGCGGCGCGGCGCCGGCGGCGCGAGCGCCUCGCGUCGCAGGACCGCGACGUUAAUGUGAGGGGCAUCGUCGCCGCCGGCGUCGCGGCGAUGGCAUUACUAGGAUUGAGCCACCACCUCCUGCUGCCCGAUACCGCCGACGCGGGGAGCCACCACUUGCGACGACCGAUGGAGCAGGAGGCGCCGUUCCCGCGGCUCACGCGGAAGCAGCGCGACGCCUUCGGCCACCACGUCUUCGUGGACCACACGCAUGGGCUGGUGCUCUGCGCCAUCCCCAAGGUUGGUUCUACUGAAUUAGCACGAUUGAUUCUACGAAUGGGCAACUCGAGCCACUGGCGGCGCGACCCGCAGCGGUCGGCGCUCGCGGUGGCGGAUCGUGAUAAGCAUCUCGUCUCGAAGCUGAGCCUGCAGAAGGCCCAAGCACUUGUGGAUGAUCGGCGCUACACGUGGGCCGUCUUCUUCCGGGAUCCCGCGCAGCGGCUGCUGUCGGCCUACCGCAACCGCAUCCUCGGCAGAGGAGAAAACGUCACAUUUGGGGAAUUCGUCUCACGCAUCCGUUUAGACAGAAAAGCGGACCCGCACUGGCGGCCGCAGCGGUACCUGUGCAACAACGAGAUGUUGUUGGAGCGCUAUGAUUUUGUAGGGCAGUUUACACGAAUCCAGGCCGACGCGCGGCGCCUGCUCGAGUCGCUGGGCGCCUGGGACCGCUACGGCGAGAAGGGCUGGGGCGCCCACAAGUCGCGGGCCUCGAUCUUCGCGGGCGCGCAACUCCGCGCGAAGGCCGCCUCCGAGGCCUUCUCGAUGCAUUACACGCCCUCUCUCUUGACCCGCGUGCGGAAGAUGUACGCGAUGGACUACGCCCUGCUCCGCAAGGUCGACGCGAUGGAGUAA